UCAGAGACACAGAAAGGAUCGAAAUCAAUCGAAGAGAGAGAGAUUGGAAUGGACUUCUCAGAGCAUGACAUAGACUUGUUCGGAGACGAUGAAGACAACGACGACGACGAUCAACAAGAACAACAUCAAGUCAGGGACGAGGCCAACAACAACGAAGAGGAAGAACAACACCGAUCUUCUUCAGCUUCGUCCUCAUCUUCUGCGGCGUCUUCUUCCUCUGCUUCAUCGUCGAAUCGGAGUGGCGGAGGAGAGAGCAGCAGCGGCACCGGAAGUGGAAGCGGUAGCGGAAGCGGAAGUGGAAGCGCGAGCGGUGACGAAGAAGAAGAAGAGAAUGGGGAAGUGAGGUCUGGUUUUUAUGAUGAGAAUGAAGAUAAGGAUCUGUUUGGGUCUGAUAAUGAAGAUUACUGUAAAACCCCUGCUACUAGUACUUACCCUGUGCCCGCUUUGCCUACCAUACGAAAUACUAACAACCAUACAAGAGGGGGUUUUGGGCGUGGUCGUUGGCAAAAUGAUAGAGGCGCUGGCCUCCUUCCCCGACCUGGACCUUAUCCUCAAAGGCAGAACUUUGGUCAUGGUUCAAAGUUUUUUAACGCUCGUCAUGAUGAACGCUUUGUUUCUGAAUUGAAGCUUUCAAAGAGUGAAGAAACAUUAUCGAGGAAAUGCAUAGCUUUUCAAGAGCCAUGCGAACAAGCUUGCUACAGUCGGGUAGAAGGUGGAGAUGUCUUCUUUGAUGACCGCAGCUUGAGGCUUUUCAAGCGUCUUAUUACUGAAGAUAUUGGAGCUGACCUGAAUGAUGGUUUUGAUACUUUUAUUGAGAAGAAAGAUUUGGGUUCUCAGGGUUUUGGCGACCUUCUUGCUUGCAUAAGAAAUAAAAAUAUCCCACUUCAAAAUAUUCAUUUUGUGACAUAUCGUAACAACCUCAAUAAGAUAUUGGCUACUGCAUAUAUCAGGCAUGAACCUUGGGAAAUGGGGGUGCAUAAACGGAAUGGGGUUGUCUAUCUUGAUGUGCAUAAACUACCAGAAAGGCCACAAAGUGAGCUGGAUCGCCGGAGAUGUUAUUGGGGAUAUUGUUUUGAGAGCCUUGCCACUGAAGAUCCAAGAAGAGCUGAUGGAGAAGGGAUACAUCAUGUUGAUGCCAAUGUUGAAUUUUGUUCUGUAAUUAAAACCAAAUUAGGAGCUCAUCGUAUUUUCAUGGGUGCUGAAAUGGAUUGCUGUGAUUCAACUGAUGACGGAAGGAGGUUUUAUGUGGAAUUGAAGACAAGUCGAGAGUUGGAUUAUCAUACUGAGGAAAGAUAUGAGAGGGAGAAAUUGCUCAAGUUCUGGGUACAUUUCCUUCGUAGAUUGACUAUGAAUGUCUUUACUUUUUCUUUGAUCCAAUCAUUCUUAGCUGGUGUUCCUUAUAUUGUUAUUGGAUUUAGGGAUGAUGCAGGCCGACUUGUCCGCACAGAGAGACUAAGAACCAAAGACAUAACACAGAGAGUAAAAAUGAAGAACUAUUGGCAGGGAGGAGUGUGCCUGGCUUUUGCUGAUGAGGUGUUAUGCUGGCUCUAUGGGACAGUCAAAGACAAUGAAGACUACAUAUUGCAGUUUGCUCAUCCAUUCAACCGUUUAGAGCUUCUACAAGCGCAGUCUUGUCCCGAUGUAAUUACUAACCACGUUGAGCAAUUAUAACUGUCGAAAAUAGAAACCCAGAAAAUUAUACAAUGCAAUUAUGAAAUGAGCAAAAGAAUGAGGGGGACUGGGGAUGUUUAAGAUAUUAACUUUAUUAUAUAUGGGAUUAGUGUAAUUUUUGUUAUAACUUUUGGAAAUACAAUUUCAUUGCACGUACGGUGAAGUUAUCUGCGGCUUUGUUAAGACCGGCAGAGCUCUUUUUGUCCAUUUUUUCAGAGGGAGUUCAAGAAAUGUAAAAGUUGAUUGAACUCAUUAUUGAAGGGAAAUUUUUUAUUUAUCUACUUAUGAUGUUACUAUUCAGGAA